GCUGCGCCUGCGCAGUGAGAGUUGUGUCCGACGAAGUCAAGAUGGAGGUUUCUGUUGUUGCUCCGAAUUUCAGGUGGUCUACCUGCGUGUUUCCGCUAGGAUCUUUGGUCAAAGACGUUCUGGACCGGUUCGGUCCGCAGCAGGACUUCUACGUCAUCACUAACUGUCACCUGUCUCACCUGGACGAUCCUCUGCAGCAUGGCUCUGUCUAUCGCCUGGAGCCUCGCCUGCGUGGAGGGAAGGGAGGUUUUGGCUCCAUGCUUCGAGCUCUGGGUGCGCAGAUCGAGAAGACGACCAAUCGCGAGGCCUGCAGAGAUCUGAGCGGUCGACGGCUGAGAGACGUCAACCAUGAGAAAGAGAUGGCGGAGUGGCUGAAGAAGCAGGCGGAGCGUGAGGCGGAGAAGGAGCAGCGGCGUCUGGAGCGGCUGCAGAGGAAACUGGCCGAGCCCAAACACCAGUUCACCGACGCACAGUACCAGCAGCAGUGUCACGACCUGAGUGAGAGGCUGGAGGACUCUGUGCUGAAAGGUCUGCAGGCGUCCUCCAGCUCUCAGGUGAAGGUGGACGAUCCAGCUGUAAAGAGACCGAGCGAUGAUCAGAGCGAGGAGCCGAGGAAGAAGAAGAUGAAGAUGACCACAGGGUUCUGGACCGGCCUGGAGGAGCUCCUGAGCUCAGAGGAGGAGGAGGAAGAUGAAGAGUCUCCAUCCACGUCAUCCUCCAGCUGCAGUGGAGCUGCUGCUGUUGCUACGACGACACAGGAGGAGGCGAGGCCUGAGUCCAGCAGCUUCUUCUCCCAGGACCAGAGACCAGGACCCUCAGAGGACCAGAGACCAGGACCCUCCCAGGACCAGAGAACAGAACCAAGACCCCAAGAGGACCAGAAACCUGCUUUAGGGUCCAGCUGUGGGACCCAGAAGCAGCCGGACCUGUCCCCGACCCAGCAGCCGGACCUGUCCUCUGCCUCGUCGGCCCAGCAGCUGGACCUGUCCUCCUUCUCGUCCACCCAGCAGCUGGAGUCUCUAGGUCUGGAUGUCCUGAAGGAGGAACUUCUGCGUCGGGGGUUGAAGUGCGGGGGAACGCUGUCAGAGCGCGCCGCCCGGCUCUUCGUAAUAAGAGGACUGAGUCCAGACCAGAUCGACCCGGCGCUGUUGGCCAGGCCCAAGAAGAAGUGAAGCAGCGUCAGACCAAGUCCUGUUUCUGACCCGGAUUCGAGAUUAUUGUUUUCUGAUGUUUCAGUUUGUUGUGAAUGAAAGAGAUCGAUCGUCUGAUCAGGUGUCACUUUAUUAAAGUCUUUAUUAAAGUUCUAAU